AUGCUUCGCUCUGUCUGUAUAGUACAUUGCUAUGACCCCAACGAAGCCGGCCAACAAGACCCAACAAAUAGAUCAUGCAACAGUUUCCGUCACGGUUGUGGCCUUAUGUUAAUGAGUUCCUGCCCAGAAGAAUGUCUCGAUGCAAUUCCCACAAAUUUGAUCUUCAAUGGCAGCCUCAAAUUCCACGAGAACUCCUCACAUCACGGAGAGGCCAGUUACAUGGCGAAAUUGCGAGCCACAGCGGCCUUUGCCAUUCUCUACUACUUUAACACCGGGUUGGGCAUUACAGCCGGCUACCAUCGUCUAUGGGCGCAUUCUUCAUACCGAGCGUCAACCCCUCUCAAGAUCUAUCUGGCGGCCGUCGGCGUUGGCGCCUGCCAGGGUUCUAUUCGAUGGUGGUCGAGGGGGCACCGCGCCCAUCACCGGUAUACCGACACAGAAAAAGACCCUUAUUCCGUGCGCAAGGGCUUCUGGUAUUCUCACAUUGGCUGGAUGGUCAUCAAACAAAACCCGAAGAAUAUUGGGCGGGCGGACAUCACUGAUUUGAACGAGGACCCAAUCGUGAUCUGGCAGCACAGACACUAUAUCAAGGCUGUGCUUUUUAUGGGCCUUAUCUUCCCUACCCUGGUUUGCGGCAUUGGUUGGGGUGACUGGGCGGGUGGCUUUAUCUACGCGGGGAUUCUACGGGCGAGCUUCGUCCAGCAAGCCACCUUCUGCGUCAACUCUUUGGCCCACUGGAUAGGAGAGCAGCCGUUUGACGAUCGGAACUCGCCUCGCGAUCAUGUUAUCACAGCUCUCGUAACACUAGGGGAAGGCUAUCAUAACUUCCAUCACGAGUUCCCCUCGGAUUACCGGAAUGCGAUCCAGUGGUGGCAGUAUGAUCCGACAAAGUGGUCGAUCUGGAUGUGGAAGCAACUGGGUCUGGCCUAUGAUCUGAAGCAAUUCAGGCAGAACGAAAUCGAGAAGGGCCGACUACAGCAGGAGCAAAAGAAGCUCGAUAUCCGGCGGUCCAAGCUCGAUUGGGGCACCCCGAUUUCUCAGCUGCCCGCCAUGACAUGGGACGAGUUCCAGACCGAGUCGGCUAGUGGGCGAGCGCUGGUCGCCAUUGCCGGGGUCGUUUAUGAUGUGGCCGAGUUCAUUCAAGAGCACCCGGGCGGCAAAGCGUUCAUCUCCUCGGCCAUUGGGAAGGAUGCCACCGCCACCUUCAAUGGCGGGGUCUACCAGCAUUCUAAUGCGGCACACAACCUGCUCUCGACUAUGCGCGUGGGAGUGAUCUACGGAGGUGGCGAGGUGGAAAUUUGGAAGCGCACCUACUCCGCGAAGCUGAAUGUCUUUGGUAACUGUGAACACAUACCGCCAGUAGGCCUGGUCAAGUACCUCAAGUCAUACGGUUGA